UAAACUGCUUCUAGGCUUUAUUUUAACCAUUUUCUAUAAACUUUACAAAAGUUAAGUGCAGGUGUUUAAAAUUCACGUGUUAGUGUCUCAGGCAAUGUGCUGAGCAGCUAGGCAACUUUUUUGCUAACAGACUUUGGAAACGGGCCAGGUCUUCUUGCUGCAUAUUUUACAUAAAUCCCAGCUACGGAUGGCGAGCAAUUUCGUAAUUGGAAGCACCAGCAGUCCCUGCAGGACCUCUUCUGCAGAGCCAGCACAGCUGGUGGAGGAAUAUGAUGGUAAAGGAAACACAGACCCAGAAAAACUUCUUCAGUGCCCUUUUGAUAAAAACCACAAGAUCCGGUCCAGCCGCUUUCCUUACCACAUCAUAAAGUGCAGGAAGAACCAUCCCAAACUGGCCCGUGAACUAAAAACCUGCCCUUUUAAUGCUCGCCACCUGGUCCCCAAACAUGAGAUGGCUCACCACACUGAGACCUGCGAGGACAGAGUUCCUGUGGACAUGGAAGAAGAUGGAAGUUCAAGUUCAAAUGGACCUUGUAACUGGCAUGUCCCAGUCAGCACUUGGGUUAACCCAAACAUGACUGAGGAUUGGGAUCAAGAGGCGGAUAACAAUGCUCCUCCAUUUGUGUGGGGUGAAACCAAAACUAUUGGGCCAAAACAGGAAACAAGACCCACCAACAAUCUUGGUCCAAAGUUUAGAUCACCCAGUGACAUUCCAUGGUCUGGUUUUUAAGCUAUAAUUUGUAUUUACUGCAUAUGCAAGCAUGUUUAGAUAUUUAGCUUUUUAAAUUUGUUCUUAACAUUUUUUUUAAAAUCUCCCUCAAUGUGACUCAUGUCUUCUGCCAGAUGCAGACUACGUUGAUGUGAUAUGUCCACUUUUUUUUGUCGCGUCUAGCAUUCUCACUGUUUAGUCAGACUGCAUUGUUGCUUAAUAAAGCUGUUUAUGUGAGGAAA